GAUCUGCAGCUUAGAAUUCUUCUAGGGUUUCGGAAUCUCGCGCAACGGUGGGAAGAGAAAUGCCUCCGCAACUCGAUAAGCUUCCUCUGGAGAACAGGCCUGGGAUCCUCAUGGUUGGAUCACCCAACGUUGGCAAACGAACACUUCUCUCCAGGUUGCUUUCUGUGGAUUUUGAUGAUGCAUCUGAUUCAUCGUCCGAAGUACUUUGCAAUGGGUGGACUAUAACUACAAAGUACUAUACUGCUGAUGUUUCUGUAUGGAUGGCUCAUCUUGACGAUGAAUUUUCUAUUGGGAAGCUGCCAAGUUCAAAUCAGCUGGCUGCUUUGGUGAUGGUUUUUGACAUGAAUGAUCUAUCAUCCUUUGUUGUUCUCAAGGAUUGGGUUUCUCAUACCAAUAUCCAGCAGUUUGAUAUAUUACUAUGCAUUGGUAAUAAGGCAGAUCUUUUGCCUGGUCACUCUGCUCAUGCUGAAUAUAGAAGACACCUGCAAAAGCAUGGAGAGGCGUCUAGUGAUCCUCAUCCAGAGUUCUUAGAUUACGGAAUUCUGGAAACUGAGGGAAGUAGUCUGUUGGGGGAUGAAGAACCCUCGUGGGAGAUUAGGAGAUCAUGUUUGGAAUGGUGCAGUCAGUACAACAUCGAGUACAUUGAAGCUUGUGCAUCCAAUGUUUCUUUUGACAAAUGUUUAUCUGUUGACGGCGAUUUACAAGGAGUCGAGCGUCUGUUUGGAGCACUGUCUGCGCAUAUGUGGCCUGGAAUGGUCCUUAAAUCUGGCAAUAAGAUACCUGAACCAUCUCUCCCUGAUAACGAAGAGUUAUCAGAAGAAGAAUCUGAUUAUGAGGUAGAAUAUGAAAUCUUGUCUGCUGGUUCAUCUGAACCAUGGGAUGGAACAGAAGAAGUAUGGAUUAGUGCAAGUGGUAAAACUGCAACUACAGAAAUAGGUAGUUCAAGUGCAGCUACAGAAACUGUUUCUGCAGCCACGGAGGAUGUCAACCGGGAGCAUAAAACUAAUGGCAGUGCAGAUAUGCUGCAGCCAUCAGCCUCUGAAAUUCCUUUACAAGAAGACAGAAUCGUAGGGGUACCUGAAGCCGAUGAAACUGACAAAGCAACAGGGCCAGAUGAUGGUACCCAUUUGGGGCUUGAGGAAUUGGAACAAUUGAUGUCUGAAAUAGGGAAUAUGCGUGACAGCUUGAGGUUGAUGCCAGACUUUCAAAGGAGGGAGAUGGCUGCAAAGCUGGCAAUGAAAGUGGCGACCUUAUUUGGUGAGGACAGUGAUGAUGAAAGGAAUUUUGAUUAAUGAUCAGGAACUGCUGGUAACCUAAGUAAAUUAGGAUCCCCAUCUUUGCGUCCAGAGAAGUUGACCAUCCUGAGUGAGGAAUAAGUGACCACAUCUGUAUAGCUAAUGUUGUAUGUUCCCCGUCCGCCGCUUUCCUUUGGCUAUCUAAGGGUGCAUACACAUGGGUAAGCCUCUAUUGUGCUCUUUACCAGAUUAUAAGGAUUAUAAGUAGAGGAUGAAACAGAGUUUCUAGCUUGUUCUCAGCCUGCCAAAAUUGUUGAUGGGGAUCUGAUAUGCAAUCAGUGAUACGUAGUG